GCAGGAGGCAUGACGCACGACGAAGCCUCUCUUGGCCCAGCAACACGCAUGCACUGUAACCAUAGAAACAGACCAUACUGUUAAUUAUUAUCGUUGUUCUAUACUGUGCUGAAUGUAGCCUGUCGCUAGCUGGUUAGGUAGCUAACAUUUUUUUGUGGGGGAAUUUUUGUCGUUGAUGCCACAAGUUAUGGUUGUACGAGUAGAAGAAGUUGCUGCAUCGCUUGUGCGGGAAUUUCUCAGUCGGAAGGGACUCAAGAGAACGAUUGCCUGCAUGGAUGAAGAGCAUCCCCGUACAGAUGCCAGCAUCAACAAUAGAUCCGAUCUGCGACAAAUUCUUCAUUUGGAAGGUCUAUAUAAAAACAACAAGGCCCAAAACUGUCCCCUGAAAUCAAUGUUGGAAAUCAUUGUAAGACAUCACAUUGAAGGACAUAAAGAGGACAGGCCAGGCUUCAACAGUGAUGUCAUCCAGACCGUAUCAACUACACAGAAGUUGGUGACAAAGUCUCCAAUAUUGACACCAACCGUGUAUGACCACAGCAGGGCAGAAGAGAACACAACUGGAUUUAUUUUCAACAAAACUGACAUGUCAAGGUCACUUUCAGAGGUUGUCUGUCCACCUCAUGGUACAUUAUCAUCAUUUGAAGUGUCAGAUACUCCCCAGAGAAGUUUCUGGAGCCAUAGCCUUUCCUCAGAGGGCCAGCAGGACCGACAGCCUGUACCCGCCUUCCUAGACAAUGACAGCGCCGCUAAAAGGGAGUCCUUUUCAGACAAAAACACGGUCGUCACCACAGAGAGUACUCAUAAGAACAAAACAAGUCGCCUCAGACGAGGCAUGAUGGCAGGUCCCAUAGCUAGUUCCCCCCAGGAAUCGAAUAGAAAACGUCAGACUCGACGGUUGGGAGGCCCUAAUCUUCUGGCAAAUAAUGAAAACCACAAAAACAUCAGCGAUGGGCCUCUGUUGACUACUGUCCAGUCACAGAGAAUGGUUAAAGGGUUGAUAGAGCUCUCCACUGCUGACCCCAUGAGAGAAAGCCAACAGCCGCGGCGCAGCACACUGGGAAAAGGAUUUGAUGAAGAUGGCUAUGGGUUUGAGAGAGUAGGAAAAGACAAGCACAAGACCAGCAGAACAAAAACAAUGACCAAUCAAAAUGUUGAUCUGCACAUGUCGGAGAUGAUUUUGGAUGACAUUGAUGAUGAUGAGGAGUUGCGUGAGCUCUCCAGAGUGUCCUACCACUCCUCCAGUUUGCCUCCAACCACUUCUGAUAGUCAACCCAUGGACCAGCAUACUGCCAUUGCCCUGAAAGAGCUCAUCCUUGGCUCCAGCACCAGUUGUUUCAGUGCCGAGUGGAGGAGUCAGAGUUUCACUUUCUCCGAUGCACCUGAUCUGAGAUAUGGGCUUGUUCAGAAGAAGGGUGGUCCUUGUGGAGUUCUGGCUUCAGUCCAGGCUUGUAUUCUGCAGAAACUUCUGUUUGAGGGGACCGGCAGCGACGCAGGGCACCAGAAAUUAAGACCCUCUGGUGCUGUGAGAACAAAGUGCCUCACUUUAGCCACUGCUGAGAUCCUGUGGAGGGCUGGGGAGGGGAAAAAAGCCACCAUCGCCAUAACAUCAGGAAGAAAUCAUUUCACCCCUACAGGACACCAUAGAUCUGAAGGAGUACUAGAAAAGAUGACAUGUAUUGAUGUUGACAAUCUAAAGGACCUUCAGUUGCUUGUGGAACAGCAUAUUCAACAGUUUGAGUCGGGAGCCUUAGGGUGUAUAUUGCUCACCAUCUCUGCUAUUCUCUCCAGAUCUAUUGACCGGGUUAGAGAGGAUAUGGAUGUCCCCAACACCACACUCAUCGGAGCCCAUGGCUACUGCACACAGGAGCUUGUCAAUUUAUUGCUGUGUGGACAGGCUGUGUCCAAUGUCUUCAACAACAAUAUGGAGCUGGAUUCAGGCAAUGGAAACCUGACCCUUCUCAAGGGAAUAAGAUGUCGCAGUGACAUUGGACUGCUGUCCUUAUUUGAACAUUAUAAUAUAUGCAAGGUUGGCUCCAACCUGAAGACUCCCAAGUUCCCUAUCUGGGUGGUGUGCAGUGAGAGCCAUUUCAGCGUGCUCUUUGGUGUGCAGGAGCUGCUGAGUGACCAGUGUGUGAUCGGGGAGUUUGACCUGUACUACUACGACGGCCUAGCCAAUCAGCAGGAGGAAAUCUGCCUAACUGUCUUUGUAGGUACCUCAGGAAUAUCUGCUGGCUGCCAAGGUGUGGACACUGAUCUCAUUCCUCCUCUUGAACACUGUAUACGGACCAAAUGGAAAGAUGCCAUUGUCAAUUGGAAUGACACCGAGCCCAUACUUUGACUGGCUAGUGGAUAGUAGGUCAUGACUGUAGAUGAGACUGGGCCUACCCCAUGGCUGAAGACACAAAAUAUACUGCUUUCUUAUUGCAAAAUAUGACAUUUAGCAAACACUUUUAUCCAAAGCGACUUAUAGUCAUGCAUGUAUUACAGAUUAAAUAGAUGUACUUACAGUAGCUGUGCAUGGGUAAAAUCACUGGGGAAGCCAAGCCCCCCCCCCCAAAAGCCAUAUUACAACUUACUGUGUGUGUUGUGAUAAUUGCGUUGUUUGUUCUAGAACCUGUUAGUUCAUAUGCCUUGCCACUGUGAUAUAUAGGCCUAAGGCCGAGACAGUAAGAAGACAUAGUGGCAGAAUAAAUUCAACCACACCUUUGUUUAGUCAUAAAACCGGAGAGAAACCUCUGUCUGGUGAAGUCCACAAAUCAUAUUGCUUGUAGCAAACAGUUAUAUGACCUACAGCAUAAUCAAGCAAGUUAAUGUUUCUGGCUUUUUACUAAACAACUAUUGAUUUAGAAGCACAGAGAGUUAACAUAAGGAGCUGCCUCCACUAUUCCAGGCACCAUUUCUACUUCAACAUUUCAACAUCAUCAAGUCAAAUCCCCUAUGCUUGGUCUAAUACAGUGACAACUAAAAGAUACCAAAAACGAUUUGGUCCAAUCAACGUGAGCUAAAUGUGAUGUGGCUGUCCAUGGUUCUGCUUUGUCUCUCUGUGUGUGCGUGUAUUCGUGCAAGUAGAAUUAACAUGUUGACUCACCCUACUUGUAGAGAAACGCCAAUGCCAUCAUCUCCUUUCAUGUCGAUGAAAUGGUCUAUGACUCUGUCAUUCAGUACACGCUUUUAGUUUUGUUGUCCUAGGGUACCUGGCUAAAAUGCUUGCUAGCUAGCUUAACUUACUUUCAUGGGCAACAAUGCUGCAGGCCAGCUAGUUAACAUUAGUCUACUAUGUCUAGCUACAUAUUGAACUUCCAUCCUCUCAGGCCAGGGGCACAAUGUAUGAAUUAAUGUUUGGAUCAUUAUCACCAUUAUAAUCAUUGGCCCGUACGGAGAAAUAAAGCUGCAUUGUGUAACUUUUUGGGCGUCCCAACCCAAUUCACAUAGAAAUGGGAGUUAUAGAUCUAUCAUUCUCAUUGAAAUCAAGUCUUAAGAAGUGGUAGAUCUGUUCUAUGCGCACAUUUUUUAUGCUUCCUGGUCUUAAGUUUGGUUUUUGUGUCUCUUACUUUCGGUUUUGUACACCAGCUUCAAAUAGCUGAAAAUAAUUUUGGUUAUGGAAAAUAUAUUUCACUGCGGUUUAGAUAGUACAAUGAUUCUCUACACUAUUCUUGCUUGUUUUGUCACAUAAACUGAAAUUAGGUGAACUAUUAGACUUGAAACAACCAGGAAAUGGCAGAGCGAUUUCUGCAUAAUGCAUCUUUAAAUAAAACCACAAAUCCCUAUCUCCAUCCAUGGCUAAUUUAAUUUUCUGGCAAUUCAAUAUUAGGAAGGUAUUGUGAAAGUUGCACUAUGCAGAAAUCGCUCUGCCAUUUCCUGUUUGAUGAAAUUCUAAUAGUUCCUCUAAUUUUAAUCUAUGUGACAAAAUAAGAUGGUAAAGUGUAGAGAAUCAUUGUACCGUCUAAACCACUGUGUAAUAUAUUUUCCAUAACCCCAAAUAUUUUAUUUUCAGGUGUUUUGAAGCUGGUGUACAAAACCAGAAGUAAACAAUGCAAAAAUAAAAGUUAAGAAUGGAAAGCAUAGAAGCAUAGACUAGUUUUCAAGUUGAAUGAUAGAUUUAUAACCCACAUUUCUAUGUGAAUUUGGUCAGGUCGCACAAAAAGUUACAUUUUGGCACUUUUAAUGUAAGUUACAUAUUGGCACUUUACUGUUUUGGACAGUCAGUGUAUUUGUAUUGUAUAAAACAGGGUUCUCCAACCCUGUUCCUGGAGAGCUUCCAUCCUGUCGAUUUUUGAUCCAACUCUGUUCCUGGAGAGCUUCCAUCCUGUUGAUUUUUGAUCCAACUCUGUUCCUGGAGAGCUUCCAUCCUGUUGAUUUUUGAUCCAACUCUGUUCCUGGAGAGCUUCCAUCCUGUCGAUUUUUGAUCCAACUCUGUUCCUGGAGAGCUUCCAUCCUGAUUUUUGAUCCAACCCUGUUCCUGGAGAGCUUCUAUCCUGUUGAUUUUUGUUCCAACCCGGUUCCUGGAGAGCUUCCAUCCUGUCGAUUUUCUCUCCAACCCUAAUCUAGCACACCUGAAUCAGGUUAGAGCGAAAUGGGGUCGCUCUCCAGGAACAGGGUUGGAGACCCAUGGUAUAAAAUAUAUUAUUUGUAUAAAUAUUAUUGUAUUUCAUCAACAACCACAUGUGUUGACACGAUCAUGGAGGCCACUUACAGACUUACAGGAUCAAGUAGGAUUAAGUGCCUUGCUCAAGGUCACAUUGACAGGUUUUUCACCUAGUCCGCUCGGGGAUUUGAACCAGCGACUUUUCGGUUACUAGUCGCUGCCCCCAGGUAGCCUAAUUGUUUUUGAAUGCCUGAAGAUGUUCUUAUAAGUGGUGCAGGAAAUGUUGAUUCAUACGUCUUAAAACAAGUCUUUACCUCAUCAUUUUUUACAUGGACAUGCCCAAUAUAAAGAGGAUUUGUUGUAGCCUAUGACAUGCAGCUUUCAUGACCAUCAGUCUUAAAGGUAGAGUCAGCGGUUAUUUCUGCAACAGCUAAGAGCAUUCUUGCAUCUCCCUCAUCACAAUAUCAUCUGUGCGGCUUGUGGCAAUGUCAUUUAGCUCACUCUACCUUUUAAUGUAUGACAAUAUCCAUAAGGUAUUAUUAUAUUUCAAACAUUAUUCUAUUACAUGCCGUAUAUACUACAUAUCUAACCAUUUGAUGUUAUUUGUGAAAAGGACAUGUGUAUUUUUGACUAUAAAACAUUUUUGACUGUAGAUGUUUUAUUUGGAUGGUUAGAGUUGUAAAAUAAUUUGUUUUAUUAAUUUAAAAGUUGUGGAUCACCUGUAAUCUUGCCUUUUGUCUUCUGUGAAUGACUGCACUUGGACACAUGCAAUGCCUUGAUUGUCCUCUUGCUGUCACUGUUGAGUUGUAUAUGGAUCCUGAAUGUUGUCAACAUUGCUCACUCUUGGUUUCCAUGACAGAAGAGAAGAUAUAUGAAAUGUUAAUGUUUGCCAAAUCAAAAUCGAAUAAAAUUGUAUUGGUCUCAUGCA